CUCAAGCAACGGGCAAACCUCUGAAUCUGCUGGACUUGCCCAUGGAUGUAUUGCAGGAGAUCAUGAAAGAGGUAUGGACAAAUGGUUUCACCAUCUGAGACACGGUCGGCUGACACGGAUGCAAUGCAGGUGACGCAUACGAACGACCUGACCUCCCUUGCUCUGACCUGCUCCGCGCUCCACGGCUUGGCGAUCCCGCAGAUGUACUCUCGCUUUGAUAUCGUCUGGCCCGAUACCCUGUCGUCCUCCGACCACCCCGCCGGCGUCGACGCUCUGUCCUACGGCCUGGCCACGCUGGUGAUGGGGGAGGAUCUGUUCCACGAGCUGCCUCCCCGACGAUCGCUCCCGUGCCCGCACUGCGGCUGCAGCUGCCUCGCGCCCGGCCGGGAGGAGGCAGAAACGCUCCGGCGCGUCCGUCGCGGCAACUACUACGCACAGUACACUCGCAAGUUCUCCGUCGGGAAUGGUCCGCUGGUCUGGGUCCAGGAGUACGCGGUGACCAAGGAGACGGGCAAGAUGCUGGGAACACUGGUCGCGCUGGCGGUGGCUCGGAUGGUGAAUCUGGAGACGUUCGUGUGGGACAUGCCUACGGGGGUCUUGCGGGACGUGUGGAUAGCACUGUCGUCCCUGGCGGACCGGCCCGGACAUGAAAGUCGCCUGGAGCGCGUCUGGGUCCGCUGGCACGACAACUCGGAGAACGCCAUGCGUCCGCUGGCAGGGCCGCCGACUGCAUCGUCCGUCACGCUCCCGGAGACGCACGCGGCCGUGGCCAGCGCGACGGGCCAUCCGUCCCUCGUGCAGCGGUACGGGCAUGUAGAAUACCCCUCCCUGUCGAUACUCCCGCCGCUGAAGAGCUUGAGUGUCCUGGAUAUAGACGAACCAUCGUAUCUCGAAGAAAUGGCCGUGCUUAUUGAGCGCUCCCGAGACCGCCUCAAAGAACUCCGUAUUGGCAUCUCCGCCAAGGCCCAUCAGGCGCCCUGGCUGAAGCCCGCGGGCAACUGGCAGGCCGAGCAGCCGUCCCCGAUCAGCGGCGUGUGCGGUUGGCCUAAAUCGGGUGGCGUGCUGGGAGCUGUGCUGGGUCGGUCCGAGGAGCCCGUCCGUCCUGAAGGAGCGUCUAAGGCGCCGGCCAGCCCGGGCUUGCACGGUGCCACUGCCACUGCCACGGCGGAGGCACUGAGCCCUCUGCCGUUGUCGACGGACAGCAUCAAUGCCAUUACUGUGGACAUGCAGAACACGCACAUCUCGGAGCAUUCCGGACAAGCAUCUGAGCCCAAAGCGCCCCGAGAGAGCCACAAAGCGUCUCCGGAAACGACGUUCGCGGUAUCAGGAGAUCGCCAGUUGAAGCUUGAAACGCUGGAGCUGGAGCGCGUCGUGCUGUCCAUCCCGGUUGCGCUGCACGCACUGGACUGGACGCGACUAGCGACCCUGACGAUCCUCCGCUGUGACGGCCACGAGAAGCUCUGGCGAGCACUGCGUCGGCAGUUCUCCCCAUCGACGUCGCGCUCCAAGCACGGGAGGAGAGGCGGGAGCCAGAGCAGCUCGACCGAGUAUCAGCUGCGGCUCAAGCAUAUCCACACGGAUGCCGUCUCGCCGUACUUGCUGCUGUUCAUCAAGGACACCCUGGCGCCGAACACCCUGCAGACGCUCUUCCUGCACGAAGCGCCCAUGUACGACUCGGUUGUGCACAUUGACGCGAUCUAUAAGAAUGCCAUCCGCAACCACCAUCUCAGUCUGCAGAAGAUCCUGGUUGAUAGUACGCAGCGCUCCCCUGGGGGGAGCGAGAUGCCGAGUGUAAGGUGGUAUAAGUGGAUGUUCACCCGACAGAUGAUCACUUUCAUAAGCAGCGGACGCAUGCCAAGGCUAAGAGAGCUGUCUAUUGCUCUUCACUCGCGAGAUUGGCACUACUUCAUCCAACGGCUCCCGUACAUGCCUCACCUCCGCGCGCUACACAUCCCCCACAUCGCGCGUCCGGUGCACCGCGACCCGAAAGAACUAGCGAUGCUCAUCCUCGACAUCGUGACCAUCCGCCCGGAAGUCGGAAUUACCUACGUCGGCGUACAGAACAAAUGCUACGAGAUCCUGGAGGCGAAGGACGGCGACCCGGGCGAGUUCUACGACACAGACGACAGCCACAGCGAAGGAUUCGUCCCCGGCGGUGAAGAAUGGGCUGGAUCGGACACGAACGAAGAGGAGUCGGACGACGACGGCGGCGCCAGUGCCGUGGACUCACACUCGGAACUGUCCUCGGAUGACCGCGGCUCGUCCGACGGCGAGGACUCUGAUCUCGAUUGCAACAAGUCCCGCGUAUCGUUCCGACUGCGGGAGAUCUUGUUCUACGAUGAUAAGAUCGCUGUCUUCAAGGCAAGGCAUGGCGUUUUGUGAUGCGAUGCGAUGCGAUGUGAUAUGCAUAUGAAUAUGAGUGCGAUUGUGAUUAUGAUUGUCAAUUGAAUGUCACUGUGACGGGCUGUAUCUCGGGCGUUGGUUGUGAGGGUUUCCACGAUACCAUGAGCGUCUGCGUGUGUGAUUGAGCGCGUUCUUAUGGGAUUUAAAUAGUUUGGAUACGAUGAUUUUUUUUUCAUGGCUGACUGACUGGCUCUAGUGAGACCGUGAGUCCACGGGGGUUGAUGUAGAAAUUUACGUAUUGG